CAUGUCUCACCAAACAGCCUUCAGUGAGUGAGUGAGUGCAUUAAUUCAGAGCUUUCCUUCUUCCAUCAAACGCGAUUGGUUCAUUAUUUGAUUCUGUGUUCUUCUUCUUUCUGCGUCUAUCGGUCAGAAUCAGGCACCGGGAAGAUGGAAAGCCGGUCCGGCCUGAUGGAAGGAAGUUAUGAGGAGGAGCAUCCGAGGACGACAUCUCCGCUCCUCCGCCGUGAAGGUGGUGGCGAAGACCGUGAAGCGGCGGCAGGUUCCUCUUCCCUCACCUGGCUUCUCGUCUUCAGCAACUUCGUCGUCGCCUCCGGUUCCUUCGCCAAUGGAUGUGCUAAUGGCUAUACAUCGCCGGCGGAGUCUGGUAUUAGGAGAGAUUUGGGCCUCUCCCUUGCAGAAUAUUCAAUUUUUGGUUCGAUAUCGACGAUUGGGGGAAUAGCGGGUGCAAUUAUAAGUGGCAAAAUGGCGGAUCUGAUCGGUAGGAGAGGUACUAUGUGGACGAUGCAAUCAUUUUGUAUCCUGGGCUGGCUCGCUAUAAUCUUUGCUCAGGGCGCCUGGCUCCUUGACUUGGGAAGGGUAUCAAUAGGAUUUGGCCUCGGACUGUAUUCUUUUGUGACCCCUGUAUAUAUUACAGAAAUCACACCAAAGAAAGUAAGGGGAGGAUGUGCAGCAGUUAAUGAGCUAUCAGUAGCCAUUGGCCUAUCGAUGAUGUUUUUCAUAGGCAAUCUCAUUCCUUGGCGCACCUUGGCUGCAAUUGGGACCAUACCAUCUAUAAUCCAGCUUGUUGGUGUAUUCUUCAUACCUGAGUCCCCAAGAUGGCUGGCAAAGAAUGGCCGACAAAAGGACGUGGAAUCAACUCUAAAACGCCUGAGGGGAAAGGAUGUUGAUGUUUCUCAGGAAGCAGCCGAGAUAAUAGAUUACACAGAAACCCUCCAGCAAAUUCCUGAAUCAAGUUUUCUGGAAAUUUUCCAGCGUAAAUAUGCUCAUUCACUCAUUGUUGGAGUUGGGUUAAUGUUACUUAUACAAUUGGGAGGGACUACAGGCGUUUCGGCUUACACAAGUUCACUUUUUGAAGCAAUUGGCUUCUCAACUAGCAUUGGCACUAGCACAAUUGCUAUUGUUCAGAUUCCAUUUGCCUUCUUCUGUGUGCUCUUGUUGGAUAGAAUUGGACGACGGCCACUUAUAAUGGUUACAGCAGCUGGUGCAGCCUUGGGAAGCUUUCUUGCAGGAUUGGCUUUCCUCUUGCAGGAUUUUGACCAAGGGAAGGAGGUUAGGGUCGUGUUGAUGGUCACUGGCUUGGUGGUGUAUUUCUCAUCUUAUGCAAUGGGACUGGGCCCCAUUCCAUGGAUUAUCAUGGCAGAGGUAUUUCCUAUGAACAUAAAGGGCGUAGCUGGAAGCCUCACAGCCGUGGUCAGCUGUAUGAGCAGUUGGGUUGUGUCCUAUGCUUUUAACUUCGUAUUUGAAUGGAGCUCAGCAGGGGUAUUCUUUAUAUUCACUGCCAUAUGCAGUUCAAUUGUAGUUUUCGGUUUCAAGUUGAUGCCUGAGACAAAGGGACGAUCACUGGAGGAAAUCCAGGCUUCCAUGGUCCAACUCUUUAAAUGACCAAAUGGAAAAGAGAAGGUGCUGGGUUCAAUUUCAAGUGCAAAUUGUUCACUGGUUUGGAAACUUGUUUCUAGUUAACUUGUGCUGAUGAUUCUUCGGGAUGUACUCAAAAUUAAUAAGCUGACGAGAUUCAUGCUUUUUUCAAAUUCACUUAUUAUUGCUGGUAUUAUGCAUUUGCCAAUCGGGUUGGCCUUGGCCCAUAAAUUGGUUGAUCUGUUAGUAGAGUUUUGGACACGUUGCUUAGUUAGACUAAAUAUGGUGGAGUAUUUCUUAGACAUUUACUGGUUGUGUCAUCUAAUUGUGGGGUUACUGACCCUUAAAAUAAAAUAUGAGUUCCAUCUCAAUUGUUAACUUAAA